UUAACCAAUGAAGAUUAGGUUGCUUCAACGUGUGGUCAUCACACUCUACUAUGUUCCUUGUUACGUUUCUAGUUACAUUUCCUUCGAUCUAGCUUCGUCUGAUAUUUUUCUCCACCAGCAAGCUUACAAAAACUUAGUUUUCAGUUUUCACCAAAAAGAUAACAAUAAAUAAAGCCACAUCGUAUACAGCACUUCUCACUAUCCAUUUUCAUGAACUUUGCAUCUUCAGAUAUUCUAUCACCACAUCCAUGGCGGCAGUUGUCAAGCUUCACGUUUUCCCGGAUAUUUUGAACAGGCACAAAACAAGGUUUUUCAGGAGGGGUUUUGGCUCGUGCCCUUCUCCCGGGGUGCUUGGUUUUGGCCAUGAUUGUGAUCGGUUCUCUGUGAGAGAGUGCAGGGCCUUCAGGACUGAAGAUGGUGGGGAUGCGAAGGAGAAAAAGUCUCGAAAUUUGAAGAAAAGUGAAGUGAAUUCCAAAAGGGAAAGUGGGUUUUGGAGUUCUCUCCAGUCUAUCUUGUUGAGGAAUUUCAUGGUGGGUUCAAAAUCAGACGAUGAGUAUCGCCAAGCUGUGGUGAAGGUGGAGGGUCUGCUAUCCUCGAUUGCCAUUCAAAUUGGAAGGUAUAUUGUGACCAUGAUGAGCACUGGGGUCAUCCUUUCGAUCGGAUUUCAGAUGUCAGGUGGAGACAGUCAAAUGGAUGCAUUGAUUUGGUACAGUUGGCUAGGAGGAGUGAUCAUUGGAACAAUGAUAGGUGCUAACAUGGUGCUGGAGGAACAUUGUCGUGCUGGUCCGCGUAAUGUUGUCAUAACAGGGAGUACAAGGGGAUUGGGGAAAGCCUUAGCUCGAGAGUUUCUUCUUUCUGGAGAUCGUGUGAUUGUUACCUCUCGAAGGUGGUGUUUCCAACUAUGAAAACAUUUUACAGAGAUUGGAAUAAUAUGUUUUGUGGCUUUUGUCUACAUU